AUGCGGUCCCCCGGAAAAGCAACGGUCGCUCUAGCGUACCUCCUUGCCCCCAUAGCGGCACAAACAUAUACCAACUGCAAUCCCACUCUGCGAUCCGACUGCCCGCCAGACUCCGCACUGGGCAGGACAGUCAACAUUGAUUUCACUUCCCCCUCCGACAGCUUCACGCCUCAAGGCAACCCGACAUAUGGCUCCGACGGGGUAUCCUUCACAGUCGCAAAGUCCGGUGACUCCCCUCAGUUGACGUCAAAAUGGUUCAUCAUGUUUGGGAGGGUCGAAGUCGUCCUCAAGGCUGCGCCCGGUGCGGGGAUUGUUAGCAGCUUUGUCAUGCAGUCGGACGACCUCGAUGAGAUUGAUUGGGAGUGGCUCGGCGCCUCGCCGGACGAAGUUCAGACAAAUUACUUCGGCAAGGGCCAAACAACAACGUAUGACCGUGGUGCCUUCCACGCCGACCCCGGGAGCCAGGCAGGCUUCAAGACGUACACCAUCGAAUGGACUGCAAAUCAGAUUGUGUGGCAGAUUGAUGGCCAGACGGUCAGGUCGCUUGUACCCGCCGACUCAAAGGGCCAGUAUCCGCAAACACCCAUGCAGAUCAAGAUCGGCGCGUGGAGCGGAGGUGAUCCAGCUAACGCCCCUGGCACCAUCGAGUGGGCUAGGGGACCCACGGACUAUAGCAAAGGGCCGUUCACCAUGCAGGUCAAGUCGCUGAGGGUGUCUGACUACUCUACGGGAACGCAAUAUAUCUACGGGGACCAAAGCGGGACGUGGCAGUCCAUCAAGUCAGUUGGCGGCCAAAUCAACUCGGGAGGGGGUGCGGUAGACCCUAAUGCUCCUACCAUCACCUCGCAAGCCACGGGGCAGCCAAUCCCGUUCGCGCCGACCUCAACAUAUGAGAGACCCAACGUCUACCCUUGGGUUUCCAAGGCUCCUGAUCAGCCUGUGAGUCGCACCUUUGAGAAUUACCCCGGCCUUCCCAGCGGGUGGACGGUCACGGAUUCUGGCAAAGUCGUCCCGCCCAGCUCGGCGCCUGUCAUUGACAUCCCUUCCCGCUUCAUCUACGCCAUCUUCUGCUCCUUCGCCUUCGGAGUCCUCUGGCGAGCCUAA